GAUAACACAGAAAAGCUCAUUAGACAUCUCUACCAACAAACGCAGCCAUGGGUAACAAGUCCUCGAAGAGGAAGUUGCCAAAGGAAGACUUGGACUUCUUAACACAGAACACAAAAUUCUCAAAGAAUGAAAUCAAGGACUGGUACAGAGGAUUCAUGAGGGAUUGUCCAGAUGGUCUGCUCUCAAAGACAAAGUUCCUGGAGGUGUAUUCCACUUUUUUCCCGGCGGGAAAUCCGGACCAGUUCUGUGAACAUGUUUUCCGAUCAUUCGACAAGGACAAUAGUGGAAAAAUAGACUUCAAAGAGUUUCUACUAGCUAUUAAUAUAACUUCUGGGGGCAACCCAUCUCAGAAACUGAACUGGGCAUUUGCAAUGUAUGACAUUGAUGGAAACGGGACCAUUGAGAAGAAUGAAAUGGUGGAAAUUAUAAAAGCCAUCUACAGCAUGCUGGGUAAUGCCUUGACCAAUAAUGACACAGAUACACCAGAGGAACGAACCCAGAAAAUAUUCGCCAAGAUGGAUGUUAACAAUGACGGUGUCUUAACACGCUCAGAAUUCGUCGAUGGCUGUAUGAAGGACCAAUUUUUGUAUCAAAUGUUGACGGCGGAUGCUGGGGGCUGCAACCAGGAAUGAUCCAUCACACCCACACAUUGAUUCACAACCAUUGAUAUGAGUCUGGGGCCCGUAUUCACCAACCCAUUCUUAGACUAAGUAUUUUUACGCAUUUGUUGUCGCUUAGAAAGUUAAAUUUAAUUAAAGACCUUUCUUGCUAAAUUCAAGUUGUAAAGGCUUCAUUUCCAACCCUUGGAUACUGAUGAGCAGCAAACAGCAUAAAACCUGAACAACCUGUUCUUGUUUUAUGCUGGUUGCAAAAGCCAUUUUCACUUUGCUUUUGGGGGAAAGGGUUAAGAAUAAAGAACAGACUUAGAACCAAAGAAUAUUUUAAUAAUAUACAAUCUACCUGUGGUGAUUUUGCCAUAAGCAAAACUUUGGUCAUGAAGAAAGAUGUAGAUAGAGGUGGAUCAAUGUCAUGUUUGACUCAGAACUAAAGCAGUAUUUGAAUAUUCCAAUUGAAAGAAUAUUCUUUAUUCUUAGACUUUAGUAUAACAAUUGAUUGGUGUAUACCUGCUCUUGAUCUGGGUAAAAGGGGGCUUAAAGUAUGACUAUUAAAAAAAAAAUGUCCCAGUCUGCAAAGGCUUAAACAGGGACAACACUUUCCUUUUUUUUGCGUUUAAAGGAAGUCUCUUCUUUGGGAAAAUUCAGUUUUGGGCAGAAAGUGUCAUCCGUUAUAAGUCAGUGCAAAUUGCUCUGGAUAAUGUGGGACAACACUUGAGGCAAGCGCAUUAAGCCCCGUUUUCUCAGAGCAAGGCUUCAAUGUUUUUUUCUCUACACAUUUGUACAUGUACACACACAUAUCCAAGCACACAUACACAACUUUCACAUGUUCAUUUUUGCAGUUAUAGUAAUUGCACUAUCUUUUAUUGUGAAGGUUUGUUGAAGACUCCACAUUUUGAAGUAACAAUGUACUUUCAGAUUUAACAGAUUACAAUACCAUGUGAAGUUAUGGAUGCAUCAGAUUUGUAUAGUUUAAGUACUUGUGAUUUUUCUGUUUUUGUUGAUAUAUAGACAAAAACUUUUUCUCUGAAUAGACUUACAACAAUUGUUGCUGUGAGAGUAUUUUGCCCAAAACACUCAAUUACUUUUUGUUUAGUUUAAAAAAAUGUUUAAACAAUUAUAAGUUUACCCACUUUUUUGCAAAAUACAUGUACUUACAUUGAAAUUAUGGAAGCAAAUGUUAUGUAAUCCACGUGUCUUACUAUCAUCCAUUAAUUUAUGUAUUAUAUGCUUUUUAUGCCCCCGGGGUAUAUUGUUUUGGCCUGUCUGUCAUUGUAUGUGUAUGUGUUUGUCCCAAAAUUUUAACCAAAACUUUAACCUUGGUCAUAACUUUUGAUAUAUUGAAGAUAGCAACUUGAUAUUUGGCAUGCAUGUGUAUUUCUUGGAGCUGCACAUUUUGAGUGGUGAAAGCUCAAGGUCAUCCUUCAAGGUCAAAGGUCAAAAAUAAAAUUCAAAGCCGCGCAGUAGGGGGCAUUGUGUUUCUGACAAACACAUUUCUUGAUCUUAUCAUAAUUAUAAUUAUCAUACUUAUCCACAAUCAUCUUAAUUAAUUAUGUAUGUUUUACAUAAAAUACAAGCAAGCAAGCAAACAAAAUGUGAACGUGUUGAAAAGGAAAUAGUACUAAAUAAUUAGAGCUGGAAGUCUGCAUAUUCAAGCUCAAAUACAGCAGCCUUGAUAUAGAAAUGUGUACAUUUGAGCAUGACUCUGGGAAAAUAGGGCUUAAUGCAUGUGCAUUUAGUAUUAAGUCCCAAAUUAGCCUGUGAACUCUGCACAAGCUAAUCUGGGAUGGGUACAUGCAUUAUUCCAAGUUUUCCCAGGCGAGGCUUAUUUUUAUGAUUGUUUCACUGCAAAGAAAUGUCAUUAGGCUUGAUUUUUGUCUGAAGAUAAAUUGCAAAAUAAAUUUAACUUUUUUUUUUUUUAAAUUAGUGUUGUCAUGGAGGCAUUUGUAUACAGUUUACUUACAGUCCAUCUUGUUCAUGAUUGAAAUUUAAUGAAAUCAUUUUCCAUUUUGAUACACAUUCCUACUAAAACUUUAAUUUGUACUUUUAAUUGUUUGAUUUUCUAAAUGCUUCAAUGGUAGUUUGUAAAUUGCUAUAUUGUUAUGUUUGUAUGUUUUUUAAGUUUAGAUAAUAUUUGUAACUGAUUAUUUUGUGUGUUAUAUUCACUUUAUAAAUUAUGAAAGUUUGAAAAAAAGCAGAAUAUACACUUAAAAAAAGCAAUUAUGAAUCACAAAAUAUGUAGUUCUUUUUUAAUAUUGCUUCUUAAAACCUACAGUAUAUUUUGUAUUAAAGUUUUUAAAACUUUUUUAAGUUUGUUUUACAACACAAACAUUCCUAGAUAUAGACAGAAAAAAAACUACAUUUUUAUACGAUUGUGACCUUGUAAAAGUUUUGAGGCAUUUCUUUCUUUGAGUUUAACACAUUUUGUCAAAUAAAUUAUUAUGGGGGGGGGGGGGGGGUAAAUAAUCACUUCUUGACAAGCAAUAGUCUUAGGGACACAUUUUUUAUCAUAUUUAUGUACAACUUUUAUUAUGCAUACUCCAAAAUGGAAUGUUUGCUCAUAGUUUUGUAAUGUGAAAACAUGUUUUGAUGCAUUAAUUUUUACUUAUGAGUGUUACCCUUAGUUGUGUACGGAUGUCAAUACGGGAAAGAUACUUUUCCUUACAGAAUGGAAAAUAUAUGGGCGGUGCUCUAUGAACAAAGAAUUUUAUGCAUGUGCGAACAGUGUUGUCCCAUAUUAGCCUGUGCAGUCCGCACAUGCUAAUCAGGGACAACACUUUCCGCUUGUAUGGUAUUUUUCGUUUAAGAAAGUCUUUUAGCAAAAAUCCAGUUUAGGCGGAAAGUGUCGUCCCUGAUUAGCCUGUACAGACUGCAAAGGCAAAUCUGGGGCGGCACUUCACGCACAUGCAUUAAACCCCAUUUUCACAGAGCACAGUCCAUAUGUUUUUAUAUUUUAAAAGGCUGCAUGUAUGAGGUAUUUUAUAAAGUGUACCAUUUUGAUGGCUUUUAUCAAAAACAUGUAUUAACCAGAAAAUCGUAGAAGAAAGGAGUUGUAGUUACAUAUAAAUAAAGUUAUUUUUUUGUAGAUAAUUGCUAAAAUAGUUCAAUUAUUUAUACAUUUUUCAAACAUUGCAUUAUUUAAAAAAAAAUAAAAAAGUAAAACUAUUCCAAAAAAAAAUAUCAGUGAAUGUUUUGAAAAAGUUAUAUUUACUUUAUAAAUGUUAAAUAUGGGAAUCUCUUUUGUAAGAUGAUAUGCAGAAAGAUAAUGACUUUUGUAUACUAAGUAGGCAAAAUCGUAACUGAAAUACAAUUGUUUGUGUUACGUUGUAUACAUAUGGUAAAUAAGAAUAAAAGUUUUGUGAAUGCACUUUGCUUUUAUUGCACUGUAAUGGUUUUAUUUUGUUGUUUGGGGGACUGAAAGCUUUCAUUUUUGUAGUUGUUCAAGUGGGUCAUGCUUUUGUGUAUGUAUGAAUAUUCAAAUGUGAAUAUUAAAAGUACUUUUUUUAAAUGACAAUGUUUGCACGGAACUCUUAUUGUUUGUAUAUGUGUAAGCUCUACUUUUAACAUGAUUAAAAUACAAUUUAUUUGAAUUUUAGAUUGAAAUACAAUUUAUUUGAAUUUUGAACAUAUUGGUGUUUGACAGGGCAUAUGUUGUAGCAAGAUGUGAUGCAGUAUGUUAGAUUGUUGUUUCUUUUUUAUACAAAGGUUUAUUAAUAUGCUAUUGUAAAAUUCUUAAUAUGUUUGCAGUGUGUCAAAAGUACAUUCUAAUAGACCAUCUUUUUGAAGAAGAACACAGCAGAGUACACAAAUGUAUGGCAGAUUAUAUAUAGGUUCUGAAGAAAUUAACAGGCAUUUUGAAAAAUUGAUCUGUUUAAAAAAGUGAUGGAAAAAAUAUAAAUAUUUAAUGCUUUAUGCCUCACAUCUGCUCAUUAACACUAUAGUUAUGUCAAUUAUUAUAUAUAUAUAUAUAUAUAUAUAAUACUUGUCAUUGGUUUAUACAUUUAUUAAUUAUGUUUUAACAUAUAAUUCAAUUACCAUAAUACUUAGCAUCAAUUGUUUUUUUACACACUUUGAUUAAAUGUUUAAGUGUUGCAUUUAUUCAAAUAAAAUGUGUUCAAACCGAAAAA